GUUGGUCGAAGGUCUAGAGAGAGGAGGGAAGAUUGUUAAAGAGAGAUUGAAAAAAAAAAAGGAACAGUCGAAGGUUCUGUCUCAGCCCACGCCAAACCUGAAGAGAAAAGUUGCUUCCAGCAGAACCCAAAGCAGAGAUUCCGCUGCUGAAAAAGAGUUCAUCGAGAAGCCAAGAUUUCCACAUUCUCUUGCAUCAACGUUUCUCAUUUCACGUCACAAGAGGUUGCUGACCCCAUCUGCUGGCCUAAUUCACCUUGGAAGCUGCUUCAGGAUAGUGACAUUUAAUUUUUUUUAUUUACGGCAGUGGUUUUACACCUCAACCGGUUCAGUCUCAAGAAAAGAUAUGGCUUGGUGGGAUAACGUUGCAGAAACUCGCAUUGUCAUUGCACCCGAACCUGGCUCUACAAUUUCAGCUAGAAAUGGGGAAGGAUGUUUCUUGUUUCUCCGUCAUCCGAAGUCAGGAGAUACAACAUCUUAUUUCUUUAUUAAUGGAUCUAUUCAAGAGUUUCACUGGUUCAAGCAAUCGUAUGGGUCUUGGUUCAUAGGUGAUUAUGUUUGUGAAGAUGGGUGCCUGUAUACAGCUACUCCAAUUGAUCCUAUUUUUAUUUUGUUGCCCAUUUUUGAGGAAGCUCGAAUGAAGAAGGCAAAUGAUCAAGGGAAAUUCAGGCCUUUAGAUGAGAUACUCUUUGUUAGUGGUUAUCCUGGAUAUCAGCAUCUAUUGUGUGUGGCAGAGGAUUCCAUGCGAAUAGUUUGUGAAAUAAAAGAAAUUGGAUCCACAAAAUUCUAUAGGCUGGAUGAUUCCAAAGUUUUAGCUUGGUUAUGCCACAAGGUGCACCAACUAAAAUUGACGUUGCCCACACUUGACAAAAACUAUGCUGCUUUGGAUGAGAAGGAUACAUGUACGAUGACAGAAGUGGUCUUAUUGUUAGGAGAGUACUUGAAGGAGCCCUGGUUAAAGCUUUUGUGUGGUCAUCUAAAAUUGGAUUUACAAGAGGCGUCUGGAAAAGUACCAACAUGUGAAAUCCUUCCAACCACACCACAGAACACUUCUGGUUCUUCCUCGCAGGUAAAAAGCGGGAGUGACAAGAAAACUUCAAGCAAUGCAAAACAAGCAAAGAAGAUGAAGAUGGAAACAAAUUCCCAAAACAUUAAAGACAUGUUCCGCAGAGCCACAAGAAGAGGAAGUUGAGCGCAGGGUCUUGCAUUAUGCUACUUGUUGACAUUGGGAAUCUGGAUCUUGCAUCUGGUGGCCAUAGCUUUACUUGGCAACUGAGUUUCAAGUAUCUAUUUGGUGGCAAAGAUUGUAAAUUGGCUCAAGAUUAUUAGGGCUGGGAAAUUUUGUAACACUAGAAGCCGAAGAAUAUGCUAAAUGGCCAUCCUGAUUCCGAAUUCAAACCCCUAUUCCUGCAAACCAAACGGAUCCUGAGUAUUCCUCUCUAUUAUAGUUCAAGGUUGAUAUAGAACCGCUGGACAUAGAGCACAUGGUAGUUGGCUAGGGUGCUUUAUUCCAUUACAGAAAGCAUUGCUCACGUGUACAAGUGACAAAGUGAGGUGAGGAACCUGAUUGAUCAAAAUCAAAUUCUAGUCUAGUUGAGACAAAGGUGGAGGAAUAUGCAAGACUUUGCAAGCAUUGCUGGGUAUAUUUUCUUCUGUGCCGACCCUUCUUGACAUUAGUCAUUAGUUCGAUAUCAGAAAUGUGGACCCAUUUUAGUCCAAUUCUGAGAUGCAAACAAGCUUUGCCUUGUAACUAACUGUAAGCUAAUGCUGAAGUAAGAGAUAAUGGUUAAUUACUCGUUAGCUCAUCAUCA